GUAAGGAAAUGCUGUUUGAAUGGAACGUAUGAUCCAGCUGCUCAUAUUUGCAUAGACGUUAUCGAUGGACAAAAUAUGCUGGAAAAACUUUCUUUUCAAGACACUGUGUGUUUAGUGAAUGUGGAGUUUGGUUUGUCAGAGUGUCAUUCCAACCAGGCUCUGGUGAAUACUGUGGUUGAUAGUGGACAGAUAAUACUGUUGAAAAAUGGCACUGUUCUUGUGAACACAAGCUAUGAAAUACUGAUUCUGGAAGAGAACGUGUUCUGUAUCGACAAUAUUGUCAAUAGAAGCAAUUCUGUUAUGAUCAAGUUUUGUCAAAGCGUCGACACAGCCUGCAAACAAAACCCAUGUGUUCAGAAAUGCUGCCCUGAUGGUUACGGCAUGAUAGAGUCUAAAUCUUGCACACCUUCCGAUUUUGAUUUCAACCCGCAGUUUUAUAAUAUAGUGUCUACUAACGGCGGAUUUGAACUCGUAGAAGCAAUUGUCCCUUCCUUCGCUAUUCUAUCGAACUUGGAGUGCGAUAAAUUCAUACUUCGACCAGAGUCUACAGAAGGCGAUUUUUCGUAUUUGGAAGUAGAUGGAAGGCUUUACGUUCCAAAGCACUCAGACCCUCAUCUAACAGCUGACAAGUAUUGUCUUGAGAAGGUCAUUUUUCCAGAAGACGAGAUGGAUGGUAUCUACACUUUCCUCUGUUUCCCGGAAGAUUACAUGGUCGAAGACACUUCUCUUCAGUUUACCCUCUGCUCUUUGGGACUUAUUAUAUCGAGUGUUUUCCUUUUAGCCACAUUUUUGGUAUACGCCUGUUUACCCAGUCUUCAGAAUCUCCACGGAAAGACUCUCAUGUGCCACGUGGUCAGUCUGUUUGCAGCCUAUGUGUGUCUCAGUGUGGCACAGCUUAGCGGCGAGGAUUUGGACCUGUUCAUCUGCGCCGCGGUGGGGUACUGUAUCCUGUUCACAUUCCUGGCUGCAUUCUCUUGGCUCAACAUCAUGUGUUUCGACAUUUGGUGGACAUUUGGUGUCAUACGCUCCAUGGGACAAGGCGCUGGUACCAGGAAGCAACGCGAGAGACGUCGCUUCAUUGUGUACUCCAUAUAUGCCUGGGGCGUCCCCAGCGCCCUCACUGCUAUUACUGCCGCCGUGGACGUUUGGGACCUGUCACCUGCUGUACUGAAACCCGAUAUGGGCGUUUACUAUUGCUGGUUCUCAAAAAUGACAUAUGGCAUCGCAGUCUACUUCUUCGGCCCUGUUUCUCCCAUGAUCACAUGCAACGUGGUUCUUUUCGUGCUCACUGCUCGAAAUUGUUCCAAGGUGAAGGCGGAAAUCCAUCGCAUGCAGCAGAACUCUAUCGGCGACCGUUGCAAAAGAAGAUACCAAGCGGACAAAACCAAGCUCAUUAUGAAUGCAAAGCUGUUCAUUGUGAUGGGUGUCACUUGGACACUGGAGAUUGUCUCAUCCUUUCUGACUGAACCACCCUGGAUCUGGUACCUGUCUGAUACAGCUAAUGCACUGCAGGGGGCACUCAUAUUCGUCAUCUUUGUGUUGAAGGGCAGAGUAAUUCGCACCCUGGCUUACCGCCUUGGGUUCCGAAAUCAGGGACCCAUCAGGCCCAAUACCACUGAGCAUCUGACUACUUGCUAUGAUCCAUAUCGUGUGAGGAAGACAUCCAGCAAUACUACACUCUGUGCAACCAUCACAGACUCCAGAAAUGCCAGAUUCACUGCAGCUUCCUGCAAAUAAUAAUGGUGUGGAUAAAACGGCACAUAAUGAAAAUAGGAACAGAUAGAAAACCUAAAAACAAAACAUAUUAAGAAAAAAUCUCUAUAAGGAAUCAUUCCUGAGAUAUCAUGGUAUGGAAUUGUCAAAUGAAACAAAGGUUACCAAUUACUACUUAUACAAAAGCAUGAAAUUGUUUUAAAAACCAUUGCAGCUGUUGGAAUAGCUUUCAUUUUUGAUAACUGAAAAAAUAUAAGUUAAAUAAUGGGAUUAUAUUGUUAUAGAUUUAGAUACAGCAAUUUUAAUUGGGUGAAUUUAUUUUUCCUUCUUUUGAACCAACCAUAACAAUUGGGGGCUUACAUUUUAAACAAUAUGCUUGUCUUCAACCUUUCCAGUGAUGAGGCUGUUAAAUUUUAUGACUUUGUAACGACUUUUUUAAUAUGUCUUUAGCUACCUUUCUGUACUGCAAUCCACUCAGUUUCUAACAUGAUCUACUCACCAUAACUUGACUUAACUAACAUUGUUUAUCAUUUGAAAGCUGGAAGCUGUGGAUGCUACUAAUCAUAUCAGUCUCUCAUAAAAGUCUUAUUAUUGAAUUUAUAACAUUGACAAUAAUGCAAAUGAUUAUAUGAAGACAUUAUUGUUAGAGUUUCUGUUGCAUUGUUGACCAGUGAUAAAUAUAAAAAUAACAUGCAUACAAUUCUUUUAUGAAUUUAAAUAUUAAAGUGCUAGUUGAAAUUAAUUUACCACGAGUCCUUUGGCAUAAGAGCUCAAAGAAAUAUUUUUGAACACCACAGCAGCUAAAUAAAAGCAUAAGACUCCUAAUGAAAGACUACCCUGAAGAUGCUGAUAUUAACCUUAUUUGGGAGAUAAAGCACUUUAAUUUUUAUGUUAGAAACAAUUACGGAGAGCACCCAAAGCACUUUUAGAGCAUAAGGACCUUCAUGAAAUCAUAAAGAUAAAAUUCAGUAGGCAUUCCCUAAUGUAGAAACAAAUUUGCCACUAUUUUUGAGUCUUAUGGUUACAAAAAACUCAGGAGAAAGGCCGUUUUCUCGAUUAAAACACAUAAACAAUGAGCUGUGAACAAAAAUGUCAGGAAAGAAUAUCUGUGUGUUAAACAUCAUGUACAUCAAAAGUGACAAUAUUUGUAGCUUAUAUUUUGAAGAAAUUAUCAAUGACUUUGCUAUUAAAAAAUAACAAAAAAAUGUUUUAAUAAUUCAAGGAAUUUGUUAUGCAAACAUGUAUACAGUCAUUAUCAUUAAGAAAUACUGU